AAGGGCAAAUGAACACCAGCUUGCAUGUAAUGAACGUAUCUUCGAGCGUGUGCUAACUCACAGCGCGAGUCAGAACUGAACAGUGAACUGCGGAAACUGGAUUUUCAAGCAUGGCAGCUUGAAUAUUUUUGCUUCAUAUCUGACAAGGAAUGCGAAAUCAUCUGAAUAUAUGAAGCUGAGCUGGAAACGUAAGAAUCGGCUUUUUCUGCCCGCUUGGCCGGUUGCGGGCCUCUUUCAGCGAUGCGUACCUAUGAAAUGUUGAAUUAGCAUGGGCUGGCUGGAGCCGCUGGGCUGCUGCUUUGGGCAAGGCCCGCCCAGCAAGGUCAGAGACAGUGAUGUGGUCUCUGCCACCGCGGCUGACCAGCGUAACCUCGCGGGUCGCGCAAGCAGCAACGUUCGUGCCGACGGCGAGGCUGGUGUGCGGAGCGGGGGGAAGGGUUCAUCGCCGGGUGCGCUCUUGCCGACCGCGGCGGAAGUCUGUACUGUGCAGGCGGAGCCGGUGCCGCCUGGCAGUGGGCAUGCAGGGCUGACACCGGGGACAGCUACGGACGCGGGGCGGCAGCAACAGCAGGACGCACCGCCACAGCCCCAGGCCGCGGCGGCCAGCGCGUUUCCACCUGACGCCGCGGGCCGAGAUGGCAUCGACGCUGCGGCAGCGGCCGGCACGGCGCAGCUGGGCACCGCCCCCACCCCCGGCCCCGCCCCGGCCCAACAGCAGCAACAGCGGCCAACGCAACAUGAGCAGCACGACCAGCUAUCACAGCGAAGUGGCGACAGCGCCCUGGCCGCCCUGUCAGCAACAGCCCACCUCGCCGGCACAGCCGCCACGGCGGCGCCCGCCAACGGCAGCGGCGGCCGGCCCAGCCACGCCAGCGGCAGCGGCCACAUGCUCCACCCCGACCCCGACCGCGGCCACGCCUCGCCCCAACCCCGCACACUGCUCUCGCCGCUGCCCGCCGCCGGCAGCGGCGGCGGCGCAGCCGCCGCGGGCGCGUACGACGGGGGUGGUGGCGGCGGCGGCGGUGACGCGGACGGCGGCGGCGCCGCCAGCGCCAGCGGCCCGCCAGGUUCGUUCGGCUUCUCCUCCGCCAUGUCUCCCUCCACGCUGGCCUCCAUGGUGGACGCCGCGGCGCUGGCGGUGGCGACAGUGGCGGCCGUCAGCCCCAUGCCCUCCCGCAGCUUCACCGCGCACCUGUACCAGCACGGCGCAGGGCAGCCGGGGCCCGCCGGAGGCGGCGGCGGUGGAGCCGCCGCGCCCGGCUAUUCCGGGCAGUACGGCAUGUCGGGCGCCGCUGGCGGCGGCGGCAACAGCAUGUCGGGCCACGGGUACCUGUCCACCAGUGGCGCCGUCAGUCGGCCGCAGUCGGCACUGCUGCCGCCGGGCUCGGCGGGGCCGGGCACGGCGGGAGGUGCGGGCGCGCAGCCGCCGUUCCUGGGCGGCAACCGGCGGACCUCGCUGACGAUAUUGGCGGCGCUGGCGGCGGCGUCCCUGCCCACCGACCUGCCUGCACAGGCACUUCUGGACAACAACAGCAGCACUGUGUCCAUUUCCUCGGAUGACGGCAACGACGACGACGGCCUGCCGUCGCCCUCAGAGCUGACGUCAGCAUCGGGAGCCGCCGUCGCCGCCGGAGUGCUGCUGCAGCGCCGCGGCACCGCAGGCGCAGGCAGCCUGGCAGGAGCAGUAGCGGCAGCAGGAGCAGGAGGAGGAGGCGGAGGAGGGGGAGCGAGAGGAGGCAGGGGAGGAGGAAGCGGCAAGGGCGGGGGCGAGCGGACGGGCGGCGGCGGGGCGCGGCAGUCGCAGCGGCACAAUGCGGAGGAGGCUGCUUUCAUCCGGGGUACUCUGGCGGCACUCAAGCAGGCCACGCUGGCGGGCUUCGAGGACUCCAACGCGGCCGAGGUGCUGCCGGGCCUGCCGCGAAUGCGCUCCAAACACAACAGCCUGCGCAGCGUUCUAACAGCUGGCGGCGGCGGCACAAGCAGCGUGGCAGCCGCAGGCGGCGGCCACGGUGGCCCUGGCGGCGGCGGCGGCGGCACUGGCGGCGGCGCGACGGCUGUCGGCGCCGCCAAUGCCCUCAGUGGCAGCGUGCUAGCCGGCGGCGCGGCUGGGGCGGCGGCGGGCGGCAGCGGCGGCGGUCUUGGCAGUCAGGGCAGUUCCGUGCAGGGCGGCUGGCGGCUGGAGAUGCAUCCCAAUGUGCAUGAAGCCAACCUGGCGGCGAUCUUUGGCGCCGGCGGCGUCUUUGGUGCUGGCGGCGGCUUGAGCGGCGGCGGGAGCGUCUUGAGCACUGGCGGCCUGGCGUCGCCGAUGAGUGGCGGCUGGCUGAUGCCGUCAGCCCUUGGGGGAGGCGGCGGCGGUAGCGGCGUCAGCAGUGCAGGCGGCGCGCAUUCGGCGCGGCAGCUGCCCAUCCCGUUGCACACCAACGACGGCGCCGCCAAUGCCGGUGGCGGCGGCUUGCUCCAAGUCCGCAGUGGCCGGGUCAGCGGCAGCGGUGCCGCCGCUGCGGGCGCCGCCGGCAUGCCGGCGCCGCCAGGCGCUGCGAGGGGCGGUGAGCUCUCUCGUGGAGCCGCUAACGCCGUGUCAGCAGCUGCUUAUGCUCACGGCGCACGGCCGGCGGCGGUGGGGGCGCUGAUAGACAACGGCACGCGCUAUGUGUCUGUGUCGGCAGGGCCUGCAGUGGGGCGGGUUGCCAGUCGGCUUCGCGUGCUGCAGGCCGGCCCGGCCCUGGGGUUGAUGUCAGCAAGAGCGACGUCCGGUGGAGCGGUGAUGCCAGCGGCGUCGCCGUCAGCGGCAGCGGGAAGGGGUGGCGGCGCUGUCGUCUGGCCGGGACGUAGUCUGCGUGCGUCGUCAACGCAGUCGGUUGCCACUGUGGGCUCCUCAGGGAGCGGCGCUUAUGGACAGGCGGCAGCGGCUGCAGCACGAGCACAGCCCAAGCUGCGCUCGCAAUCGUUGGUGCCGGAUCCGGCUGGUGGCCCUGCUGGGGGUCCCGCCGCGGGGCAGCAGUCCAGCUAUGCGGACAUGCUGGAGAGCACAUUCUCCCGCGCCCUGGCGGAACAGCAAGUGCUCAGGCAGCAGCAGCAGAUGCAGCAGCAGCAACCGGUGCUGCUACAGCCGACGGUUGGCGCGCCACUAGCGCCGCUGGUGCCGCCGCCGCUACCACUGGCGCCGCCUGUGACCGCGCCGGCACGGCAGCUGUCCAUCCCGCUCCCGCACCCGGCGGCGGCCUCUCCCCCGCUGUCGCACGCCCGCCGCAGCCCCCCGGCUGCUGCCGCCGCCUCCAUGGGUGCGGCACUGGCGGCGCCGCCGACGCCGACGGAGACGGCGUCGCACGGCGCCCCGGGCACACAGAGCAGCGGCCUGCAGCAGCUGCGCCAGCAGACCUCCAUCGGCGGCAACAGCGGCAACAGCAGCGGCGCUGCCGCCGCCGCGGCGGCGGUGGCGCUGAGCAGCGAGACGGUGUGCAGCGGCACGGACGCGACCGCCGGCGCCUGGUCGGCGGGCGGGCACAGCUUCAGUUCCACGUACACCGCCUUCUCCGCGCUUCUGCAUCUGAAUCCAAAUGCGGGGCAGCACUCGCAGCAGCACCCGCGGCUUCCGCGCCUGUCGGCAGGGGCGCUGUCGCCGCCACAGGUGCCGCCAGGCACCAACGUAAGCGCCAGUGCAGGCGCAGGCGCGGCUGCCGCGGGUGUUCGGGCGGGUACCGGGCCAGGGCCAGGCGACGAGCCCGCUACGUCGUUCACUCCGACAACCGCGCGUUUUGCCGCCGACUCCCCGACCAUGGCGUCGGCCGCCGCCGCUGCACCCGCCGCGGCGGUCGCGAUGGGUCGCGGCAGCAGCACCACUGACGGCACUGCCAGUCCCACGAGCAGCCUGUCGCCCAUGGUCGUGACGCUCAUGGCGGACCCGCUGCUGCCCGCCGCCGGCACGGCGCCGGUUGGCGCCGCCAGCGGUGGCGGUGGCGCCGCCGGAGGUGGCGGCGGCGGCACCGCCGCCGGCCCUAGUUCUAUGGAGUCGAUCUCGGUCCGCGCCGCCGGCAGCAGCAGCGGCGGCGGUGCGGUCACGGGCAGCGACGGCAGCCGCGUGCUGUCGUCAUUCCACGGCCUUCCGCCGCUCUCCGUCGCGGCGGCGGCGGCCGCCGCCGCCGCCAGUGCGACGGAGAGCACCAGCUUCGGCUCCGCCGCCGGCGGCGGUGGUGCCUCCAGCGAUGACCUGGCGGUGCCGGCUCCGUUGGCGCUGCCGGCGGCGGCGACGGCGGCGGAGGCGGACGUGGCGGCGUUGGCGCAGCGGCUGGGCGCGGAGCAGAAGCGCGCGCUGGCGCAGCUGGUUAAGGAAAAGUGGUCGCCCUUCAGCUUCCCGCUGGCCGGCGCCGGUAGCGGUGGCGGUGGCGGUGGCGGCGGCGGCGGCGGCGAGCCGCUUGCGGUUCAGGGCCCGGCGCCGCCUGGCGCGCUGAGCUCUGUAACGGCGGCGGCGCCGUCGCUGGGCCUUACGUUCAGCCACGGCUCCGGAAGCGCGAGCGCCCACGCGAGCCAAGGCGCGCAUAUCGGCGGCGGCGGCGGCGGCGGAAGUAGCGGCGUCCAAGGGAGCGGCGGCGCCAACGGGAGUGGUGGCGGCGGCCUGGGGCUGGGACUGGGGCACACAGUGGCGGCGGCGCAUCAUGGCCACCUGCCGGUGGGCUUCGGAAGUGCCAUGCUAGGCUUCGGCAGUACCGUCAUGGGUCGGGCCAGCAGCAACGGCAUGGUUAUGGGCGGCGGCGGCGGCGGCGGCGGCCGGGAUGGCGGCAGCAGCGGCGUUAUGGUGGGCAUCAGCAUCGGGGGCGGCGGCGGCACCGCCAGUGAGAAUCUGUGGGGCGCGCACGGUGGCGGCGCGCCGCCACACGGCAUGCGGCUGGCGGCGCCGCCGGGAGCCGACAGCGGCGGCGGCGGCGCCAGCACGCCGUCCCUAGGGUCGGCUGCUGGCGGCCUCGCCGGUGGCUUGCCGCGCUCCGGCUUGGGCCUAGGCGGCUCGAUGCUGGUGUCCCAGGGGUCGGGACCGCGCCCCGUGGCGGUGCUGGCGGCGGCGGCGGCGGCGGGCGCGCCGUCCGGUGCCAGCUCUGCAACGCAGGGCCUUGCCACGCCAGGGAGCGCCGGCAGCCGCGGCGGCGGCAGCGGCUCGGGUGCAGACCGGGGCGCUGGCGGCGGCGGCGGCGGCGGCGGGUUGCGAGCGCUGGACGUGGCGGCUGUGUGUGUGCCUAGCAGCGUGGCGGCGGAGGGCACGGCGCUGGCCUCGCCGCAGGACACUGCCGGCAACGCACAGCGGGUGGGGCAACCGCAAUUGCAGCAACAGGAGGAGGCGCAGGCGCACGAGCACUUAGCGGCGCCCCAACCCCGCCUGCCGCCAACGCCGUUCUCCCCGUUCGCCUCGCCGUUCGGCCCCGUCGCAGCUGGGCCGGGUCCCGCCGCCGGCACAGCUUCAGCUUCAGCUUCAGCUUCAGGCCCUGCUCCUGCCAUCGCCACCACUGCCAGCCUGCCCGUCUCGCCUUUCUUCGCCCUCGCAGAGGCUGCCGCCGCCGCCUCUGCCGCCGCCGCAACCGCCGCCGCCGCGGCCGCAACCGUCGCCGUCGCGGCCCACACACCCGAGGCCCCCUCCAGCCCUGGCAACGCCACAGCGUACCGCGCGCGCUCGCCGGGGGCGGCCGUGGCCGAAGCCCCGGAUCCAGAAAUCCUGGAUCCGGGGGUGACCCUGGAUCCAUUGAUGGACAGCGGCAUUGGACCGGGAUCUCGGCUGGUUCCGGAGCUCAAGGGCGCAGACCUGCAGUACGUCAAAUCGCUGGUGGAUCGCAAAUGGUCCCCCUUCUUUGAGCUCUCAGCCGCCCUGGGUCCGCCGCUGCUGGCGCCGGUGCCGCACCCCAGCCCGCACAAGGGGCCCAUCAGGCCCGGCUCCGGAAGCGCUGGCAUGGCAUUGUUCGCCGGCGGCGGUGCUGGCAGUGGGGCACCCAGCGGCACCGGCAGUGGCGCGCUCUACUGCUCCCCCGGCCUCAUGCCCACCUCAGCCGCGGCAGUGCCGGCGUCCACGAAUGGCGGCGGCGGCCUGGUCAACGUCUUUGGCGGCGCCUGGUCCGGCGCCCUCCCCUCCGACCGCUCCUCUCAGCCGCACCCCGGCCUUUCGGAUGAAGAUCUUUGGGCAGUACACGGCGGCAGCGGCGGCUACGGCGGCGGGGAUGAGGCAUUCGAGGUGCCGCCGGCGGAUGGGCCGUCCAUGCAGCCCAUCACGCCACCGUUCCCUGCCUCCGGCGCGGCGUUCCGGCUGCUGAUAGCGACGCUGACGGGCUCUAACGCGCCGUCGCCGCGCGGCUCACUGCCGCAGGCGCCGCAUUUCGAUGAAGGCGGUGGGCUGUUGCAAAGCACCGGCAGUUCGGGCGGCCUGCGGCCAGAAGAGCAGCUGUGGACGUGGGAGCAGCCGCUGGAAAUGGCAGCUGUGGCGGAGCCGGCGACGCAGUCCGCCGCGGCGGCGACAGGUGCUGCGUCGGCGGCGCCGCGGCCGGCAACGGGGUCGCAUCCAGCGGCAGCGACGGCUGCGGCGGCAGCGGUUACCACGGAGGUAACGGAGCCGGCGGCGGCGCCAGAUCAUCUUGCGGCGUUUGGCGCAACGGCCACAGCAGCAGCCGCAAACCCGUUCGCGGUCGUGGCGGCCGCGGCAGCAGGCAGCGGCACCGCUGUCGGCGUCAAUAGCCUGCGUCAAUAGCCUGCUCUCGGCGGCGGCUACGGCACCACCGUCAGCAGUGGCGCUAGCGUGGGCCUGGGUUCCACUGGCACCGGAGGUGCUCCCUUGCUGCGCGUGGGAGGUGAUGUCGGCAGCGAUAGCCUGGUGCUCGCAUUCGCGGCUGCAGGCGCUCCGGGCAUUGUUGGCAGCAGCGGCGGCGGCGGCGGUGCCGGUCCAGCGGUGGUGGCGGCGGCUUUCCCGCUAUCCCUGAGGAGCCCAUAAACCUGGCUUCCCUGUCAGAGGGUGUGUUUGUUUCCUGGCAUUCGCCUGGCGGUUUGUGAAUCACUGCAGCGGUGGCGGCGGCAGCAGCGGUGUGGGAGUGGCCGCGCCGUCGGCGCCGGUAGCAGCGGCGUAUAGCGGCCUCGGCGGCGCCGCAGGCAGCGGCAGCACCAGCAGCGGGAUCAGCGUCGCUGUCAGUGUGGGGCACAACACGGGUCCAUGCACGGGUCCAAGCGGCGGCGGCGGCGGCGGCGGCGGCGGCGGCGGAGCUUCUGGAGCUGCGGCCGGUGGCGGUGGCGGCGCCGCUGCAAGCCACGCGGCCCGCUGGUGGGUGGGUGACAGCGAUGGUGCGGCGGAGUCGGAGGAGGUGGUCUUGGCCAGGCACGUGCGUUGAGUGGCGGCGGCGGCGCUGGCGGGGGCGGCGGUUGCGGCGCUGCCUGACGCGUCGCCGCUGAGCCUCACGCUGUUGCGGCCGGCGCCGCCGCCUUGAUAGAGCCGGGCUGUAGCAAUGCACCGCCUUCGAGGCGGGCUGUAGCAAUGCAUGCGCAAGCAGUGACGGGGGCUUAAGUGGGAGACAAGGCGGGGGGCACAAGUGGGGGACAAGGCGGGGGGCACAGGGGGGAGCCGAAUGGUGCUUGCGCGCAGGACUGAGCACAUAGGCAGUGCAACUUGCAUUAAACCCGAGGGGUUGCAUGUGCGAGUGCGUGUCUGUUCGUUAUCGCGUGUAUUAAUCUAUUAAGAAUUUGAGUUGGGUGGGUGGCGAUGGGUUCCAUGACUCAUGACUGGCGGAAGGUCGUGAUACGUUUGUAUGCGGCGGUUUGUGAGUCCGCUUGCAUGGCGGGGCACUGCACGGCGGCUGCUGUUGUAACGGAGGGACGCUGCCGCCUUGCCGGUUGGGAGCACCUGUAUUGCGAAAGGGGCGCACAACCGGCUUUGUAUCCUCUGGAAUCGAGUUGGCUUGUUGAUUCGCCUGCGUCAAUCAGCUGAUUUCUGGGCAUGCUGACUGUUCCGUUGACGUGUGCAACCGCAACCUUGCAGCGUCGGGCAACCGUGCUUUCAUAUUGCUUUGCAUCGAGCAGUUGGGCGGCUAUCCCCUAUGAAACUGGUGAACACCACAACCCAAUGCGGGUGGGCGCGGCAUGCCUUGUGAUUGGGGUGGGCAUUGAAGGAUGCGUGCUCGGCGACCUUUCUGAAUUUUGCCAGGCAAUGAAUGCCCCGCAAACUGUCAGCCGUUGUACUAGUCACUUUCCAUACUGACCGAGAUUAGGUUACGGAGGGAAGCACGCGGAAAGGAGCAAUCUGGUGUGUGGGCAUUCAACUUCUUGGGCCAAAGAGCAGUUCGAUUAAUUUGGAGAUAUGGUCACGCAGUAUGUCGCUAUGCUAGCACACCGGCUGGUUCACACGGGGCCAGUUUGUGUACUGUGUUGGAUUGUUGUGCAGGCGCUUCUGCGCCUGCAUGCGUGUUUGUGAGUGCAUGCACAGUGGGGCUUCUUCCGUCAACGGGAUUGCGGUGUCACCCCUGCAUGAGCAUGUGUAUGUUUGACAUGUGGGGGGGGGGCGCAAAUUCGUUAUGUGGGGCUGACGUGGGGAAACGAGCACAGUGUACGUGUGUGGGGUGUGUGCUGUGCUGUGCAAGUGCAACUGUACAAAUGCAUGGAAUCAACUGCAAACAGACGGAGCGCGACAUACAACGCUGACCAGUCCUAACUGGUCGUGUCGCAAUAGGCUGUAUCGCGUGCGUGCAUGGUCCACAGGCCGAAGCCAAAGUACGGCGUUGAGACCGGUGCGGGUUGUACGGAGCAGGAGCAUAUCGCUGUAAAUAUUCACGAAUAAUAUUACCGUAUGUUGCGGCGAGGGAACAAUCUGAGUGUGAUAGCACAGAGGCUGGUGUGGGACAGCUGACGCACCAGGCGUGGGUGUCCGUACGUGGCAUGUGGUUGGUGAAGGGGGCUGAAUAAACACUGGAGGGAGGUGGUUGCACAGCUGCAGGCCAGGUGGGUAUGGCACGGACAUGUGUGGAGCAGGAUAAGAGCGUGGGCGUUCGAGCCCUGCUCGUGGAGUCAUGGCCCGUAGCACACUGUCGCGUGUGGUGGCCUGGGCCCCAAGGACGUGUGUGUGCGGGGCGCCGACACGUGACUGGAUGCACCGAGCGCAGCAGCGGAGCCCAGUGCUGCGGCUGCUGGUGUCAUGGUUAUGGUGGUGGUGUGCAAAGCAGCCUAAAGCAGUGACCUGUUCAUAAUCGGGACGGGCUUUUGCGUGGGUGAUGGGCCUCGCAGCAACGGAGAAAACCUGCAACCCCCGGCUUGGCUGCGGCCAAGGCUGCAGCAGGCAAGGAGUGGAACACGCACGUCCUGUGCACGUGCACGGUACAUGUGGCAGGAUGUGGCAGUGGUAACAGUCGCACAAGGA